GUACAAUUACCAAAUUAAUUAAUAAUGUCAUUAUCAAUAUUUUUGUAAGCUUGCGAUAUUGAUUCACACUUUUUGAUUUUGCCUAAUCUAAAAAUGAAAUAAUCUCUGUUCAUAGUCAGAGAAUCACUUUCUCUUCCCCUGACAACAUGCAAGAAUCACCAUUCAAAGUCUUCCCAAUUGUGGGUCAAACCUUUGAUAUUUUCUGUGUAUUGUGUAUUCCAAAACAUAUACGAAUAAUACAUUAUUCCACGUAUAUAUAUAGUAGUAGUAGUAGUACAAUUGAGAGAAAACGAAGUUAAAAAGAAAAUGGCUUUAAAUUGGGCCAUCAAAAUAAUCCUUAGUCUCCUAUUUUGUAUGGUGUCUGUUUCACAAGGAAGGCAAACAAUUUCCAACUCUACAUUCAAACUCAGAGCUGUUAAUCUGGGAGGUUGGCUUGUUACAGAAGGUUGGAUUAAACCUUCUCUCUUUGAUGGCAUCCCCAACAAGGACUUAUUGGAUGGAACUGGACUUCAGUUCAAGUCUGUUACAACAAAAAAGUACCUUUGUGCUGAGUCUGGUGGAGGAACUAUCAUCGUAGCAAAUCGAACUUCUGCUUCGGGCUGGGAAACAUUUAAAUUGUGGAGGAUCAAUGAAAAUACAUUUCACUUCAGAGUGUUCAACCAACAAUUCGUGGGUCUUAGCAUGAAGGAAAAUCAAAUUAAAGUAGUGGCUAUAUCCAAUAUAACAACUAUUUCUGAUAAAUUCCACAUUGUAAGAAAUUCCAAUGAUUCCAACCGUGUUCGGAUCAAAGCCUCCAAUGGAUUCUACUUGCAGGCAAAAACAGAGGAGCUGGUGACAGCUGACUAUGCAGAGGAGAAUACUACAUGGGGAGAUGAUGAUCCAUCCGUUUUCUUGAUUAGAAUUUCUGGAAAAUUGGAAGGAGAGUUUCAAGUCACAAAUGGUUAUGGCCCAAUAAGAGCUCCACAAGUUAUGAGGGAUCACUGGAAAACAUUCAUAGUUGAAAAAGACUUCGAGUUCAUAUCAGAAAAGGGAUUAAAUGCAGUUAGAAUACCAGUUGGUUGGUGGAUAGCGAAUGAUCCAAGACCCCCACGGCCUUAUGUUGGGGGCUCCUUAACAAUGUUAGACAAGGCUUUCUCUUGGGCAGAGAAAUAUGGAUUGAAAGUGAUAAUAGAUCUACACGCUGGGCCUGGUUCUCAAAAUGGUUUCGAGCAUAGCUCUUCUCGAGACGGUUCAAUUGAAUGGGGAAAAACUGAUGCUAAUAUUCACCAAACUGUUGAUGUUAUAGACUUUCUAACAGCCAGGUAUGCAAAGAGUCCAAGUCUACACGCAGUUGAACUCUUAAACGAGCCUCUAUCCCCAUCAGUGAAACUAGAGACACUGACCAAGUAUUACAAGGAAGCAUACAAAGCCAUUCGCAGGCACUCCUCAACGGUUUAUGUUAUCUUCUCAAAUCGACUAGGAAACAUUGACGCAAGGGAGCUAUUCCCUCUAGCAAAUGGCUUAAAUGGAAUUGUAAUCGACGUUCAUUACUACAACCUUUUCUCCUCUACAUUCGACAACAUGACACCCCAACAAAACAUAGAUUACAUCUUUACUAAUCGAACAAGCGAUUUGAGUUAUGUUACCACUUCAAAUGGACCUCUCACCUUCGUUGGGGAAUGGGUGGCCGAGUGGCAAGUGAAGGGAGCAACCAAAGAAGAGUACCAAAAAUUUGGAAAGGCUCAGUUGGAGGUUUAUAAUGAAGCAACAUUUGGUUGGGCUUAUUGGACACUUAAAAAUAUCAACAAUCAUUGGAGUUUGGAGUGGAUGAUUAAUAAUGGUUAUAUCAAACUUUAAAUUAUCACAGUAAAAAUAUAGAGGAGUGUUAAAUAGGUGUCUUUUGCACUCUCACUUCAUCUUUUAUUCUAACGACACAUGUCAUCUUUUAAAAUAUAUCUACUUUUAUAAAAUAUCUAAGAAAUAUUUC